GAAAUGGGGAGUUAAAUGGGGGUGGGCUUCAGGCGGGCGGUGCCUGACGGUCGAGCGUCGGGACCGACACCUCUGGGACCUGGCGGACUGGGCUGCGCGUCCAAUGAUUGCUUUGUCAGAAGACGGUUGCCAGCCGGCCGGCUAUACUUCCAGGGGCCUUUAUGUGUUUCCAGGAGCAACAAAAAAUGAAUAAAUCUUUGGGGUUGGUGUCUUUUGCGGAUGUGGCUGUGGACUUCACCUGGGAGGAGUGGCAGGAUCUGAACCGUGCCCAGAGGAGCCUGUACAGGGACGUGAUGCUGGAGACCUACAGCAGCCUGGUGUCAUUGGGACACUGCAUUGCCAAACCUGAGGUGAUUAUCAAGUUGGAGAAAGGAGUAGAGCCAUGGAUUGACAAAGAACUCCCAAACCAGAGUCUCCCAGAUGUCCAGAUAGUUGAUGACCUAAUUGAGAGGAGCAAAGAAAGUCACAGUAAACGUUCGUGGCAAGUUAUAAUCACUAACAGCAAAACAUCAACUGAAGAGAGAGUUGAUUUAGGGAAAACAUUUCAUUUGAGCUCAAAUCAUAUUUCAAAUCUGAUUAUAAAUGAUGGAAACUAUUCAGGAAUUAAACCUGAGGCCUUUAAUGCAUGUCACAAUGCACUUCUCCAUAGUGACUCUGGUGAGAUGCAUGUUGGAAAGAAUUCUGAUGCUUGUAAAAUAACUGGAAAAUCUCUUGGAUACCGUGAGCAUCUUUGUCAACAUCACAGGACUCCAACUGGGCAGCAUACUUUUGAAUACAGUGGACAAGGGAAAGCCUUGACUGUGGAGGAAGUAUUGAUAAAGAAGAGGGUUCAUGUGCAAGAGACCUCCUAUAACUAUAAUGCAUAUGAGAAAGCCUGUGGUACAUCAGUUCUCACUGCCCAAGCUAUAACUCAGGGAGGGAAGAAAACGUUCGAAUGUAAUGUGUGUGGGAAAAAUUUCUGUAAGAUGUCUAGCCUCACUAAACAUCAGAAAAUACACACAGGAGAGAAACCCUAUAAAUGUAGUGAAUGUGAGAAAUUCUUCUCUCUGAAAUCAGUCCUCACUGUGCACCAGAGAACACAUACCGUAGAGAAACCCUAUGCUUGUAACAAAUGUGAGAAAUCCUUCUGUCAGAAGUUAGGCCUUACUAUGCAUCAGAGAGUCCACACUGGGGAAAAACCCUAUGAAUGUUAUGAUUGUGGAAAAACCUUCUGCCAAAAGUCAACCCUUAUUAUACACCGCAGAAUCCACACAGGAGAGAAACCCUAUAAAUGCAAUGAAUGUGGGAAAACCUUCUGCCAGAAAUCCGCCCUCACCAAACAUCAGAGAACUCACACAGGGGAAAAACCCUACGAAUGUAACGAAUGUGGAAAAACCUUUUGCCAGAAGUCAAACCUCAGGAUGCAUCAGGGUACUCACUCAGGGGAGAAACCCUAUGAAUGUCACGAGUGUGGGAAAACCUUCUUUCAGAAAUCAUCCCUCACGGAACACGAGAGAAUCCACACUGGGGAGAAACCCUAUGAAUGUAACGAAUGUAGGAAAACCUUCUACCAGAAAGCAUCCCUAACUAAACAUGAGAGAAUUCACAGUGGGGAAAAACCCUAUGAAUGUAACGAAUGUGGAAAAACUUUCUGUGUGAAGUCAAACCUCAGCUCACAUCAGAGAACUCAUACAGGUGAGAAGCCCUAUGAAUGUAAAGACUGCAGUAAGACUUUCUGCCAUAAGUCAGCCCUCACUGUCCACCAGAGAGCUCACACAGGGGAGAAACCCUAUCAAUGUAAUGAAUGUGGAAAAACAUUUUGCCUGAAGUCAGUCCUCACUAAACACCAGAGAACUCACACAGGGGAAAAGCCCUACGAAUGUAAUACAUGUGGAAAAACCUUUCGUCAGAAGUCACACCUCAGCAGACAUCAGGGUACUCACACGGAGGAGAAAUCCUGUAUAGCAAAGACUGGCUGUGUGUUCUCAAAAAACCAUUCUCUUUUUCCUGGGACACACACUUAGCCUAUAUUGCUCAGCCUUCCAUUACUGUGGGUGGGACCACAUAGCUGGUCUCUGUCCAGGAAAUAACAUAAAUGAAGAACAGUACAUCCAGUCCUGGCAACAAAGAUGUCCAUGUAGUCCUCUUUGAUUUGUCAUGCCCUCUGGGACUGAUGUGCCAAUGACCCCAGGUUCUCUUGGGAACUGUAAGUGGAAGAAGGCUGCCAGGAUUUCAAACAGAAGGAACUGAUUGGAAAGAGCAGAGAUUUCCCACCCCACCCCUAAAGCCUCUGUUGUAGUUUAUGUGAGUGAGAAAUAAAUACCUAUUCUGCUGA